AUGCAAAGCCUCGGUGUUUCUGUUGUUUCUAUCACAGGAGACAGCCAACAUAACUGCGGUUAUUGUAAAGGCAAAGACACGUCCAUCUCAUUCGGUAUAUGGGCGCAUAGUAUGACUUGCACUGAUUAUCAAGACUUGAUCGACAGAGGCUGGAGACGAUCUGGAAAGUAUCUCUAUAAACCAGACUUGGAAAAGAGUUGUUGUCCUCAAUACACGAUUCGACUUGAUGCUUCUCGGUUUAAUACAACAAAGAGUCAAAAGAAGAUUAUCACCAAAUUCAACAAGUAUAUCAAGGGAACAUGGGAUCCAAAAAGGACCGAUAAAGAUGUACCAAAAGGCAAACAGGAGCAAGUAUCUAAACCAGAUAACUAUGUUCAAAUCAAAUCCUUACGAGACUAUAUCCAUGAAUCUGAAGUGACAGAGAAUAGUAAAUAUAAUUUUAAGGUUGAGCUAGAGCCUUCUUCCUUUACUCAAGAGAAAUUUGAGCUAUAUGCCAAGUAUCAAAAGAGUAUACACCACGAUAAAGAAGAAGAUAUUAGCAAGAGUGGGUUCAAACGGUUCUUGAUUGAUUCACCCUUAAAACCUGAAAAGAACAUGUUUGGAUCCUUUCAUCAAAAGUAUAUUUUGGAUGGUAAACUGGUUGCUUUAGCAGUCAUUGAUAUCUUGCCCAAAUGUGUCUCUUCUGUCUAUUUCUUGUAUGACCCAGACUAUAGCUUUCUUAGUCUAGGGAAAUACAGUGCUUUUCGAGAAAUCAGUCUAGUACAAGAAUACCAUGAUAAAAUGGAUUCACUUCAGUAUUAUUAUAUGGGCUUCUAUAUCCAUACAUGUCCUAAAAUGAAUUACAAGGGACAAUAUGCUCCUUCAGACUUAUUAGAUCCUAUUGACUAUACUUGGCAUCCUAUAGAAGAUUUUCGUAAAGAAUUCGAACAGCAAUCCUUUGUCACUUUUGUAAAAGAAACGCGCAAUUAUCCAGCAGGAUGGGCUGAUCCAAGCACAAUCACAAAACAAGCAUUGGAAAAGGUACUUGUGCUACUUGGACAAGACAGAGUUGCACCUGUCAAUUACCUUGUCAAGUUUGAUUCUCCUGCAUUUAAAAAGAUCAUUGUGGACUAUGUUUGUGCUGUUGGCUUAAAGAUGGCACAAAAAAUGAUUAUUUGCUGA